AUGGCAAAAAUGUGGCAGGGAAUCGUGUGCAGCUUGACUUUAUGCCUCGUCGGAUUGGCGGGUUUCGGCCUCGCCAACAAUCUCGCCGGCUACGAAGGUUAUACAAAAUACACGGUGCAGCAUGGAGACGAGGAUGCGUUCAAGUACAUGGUUGACCUGCAGACCAACGACGCCGAGCUGGACUUUUGGCUGCUGACCAGAAACUCCUCCGUACUGACAGUGAGUCCCAGGCGGAAGACCCAGUUCGAGGCUCGUCUGUCCAGUUUGGGAGUCAGCUACGAGAUGCAGCCGCUCAUGGAACUGAUGGCGGCCCUUCAGGCGAACAGUUCCUUUGCGGAGGAUAACUACGAUGGGGAGUACGAGGAGUGCCAGCAGGAGGAGUGCGAGGAGGCGGAGCGACCACGUCGAAGGAGUCGUCGUCAGGCCCGCGGCUUCUUCUCGCACUAUCCACGGUAUCACGAGGUCCUCAGCUUCAUGAGCGGCCUGGCCUCGAGAUAUCCGCAGUACUGUCGCUAUGAAUCCUUGGGUCGUUCCAACGAGGGUCGGCACAUAGCUGCACUCUCGAUUUCACUGAAUAGUAAGGUACGUCCUCGUCGAGUGGCCUAUAUUCAGGCAGCCACCCACGGACGAGAGUGGAUCACCACCCAGACCGUUCUCUACUUGGCCUACGAGCUGCUGAGCAAUCUGCGCGCCUUCACAAGGGUCCUGCAGGAUGUGGAGAUUUUCCUGGUGCCUCUGGUCAAUCCCGAUGGCUAUGAAUACACUCACACGACGGAUCGUUUCUGGCGCAAGAACCGCCAUCGUUACGCCGGUCAUUCCUGCUCCGGCGUGGACAUCAAUCGUAACUUUGGCAACCACUGGAACUACCAGGGAGCCAGUCAGAAUCUCUGCUCGGAGGUGUACUCGGGCACGGCACCCAACUCGGAGCCGGAGACGUCGGCGGUGGUGCGGUAUCUGGAAUUCAAUCGAAACCGUGUGAAACUCAGCCUGGAUGUUCACUCAUUUGGCAAAUUCAUUUUUUAUCCCUACGGCUAUGCGAAAAACACCGUGCCACCCACGGUGGGAACACUGCGCUCGGUGGCUCUGAGGGCCGCCAACCAGAUCGGCAGGUACCGUGGAACGCGCUACACAACCGGCACCUCCGCCUCCAUUUUGUACGAGGCAUCCGGCAGCUUGGACGACUACGCCUACGGCAAUCUGGGAAUCCCGCUGUCCUACACGCUCGAGCUGCCCGGUGACGAGUUCCACGUGCCCGCCCACGACAUCAUCCACGUCUGCAAGGAGACGUUCGCCGGCUUCGUCGAGUUCAUCCGGCAUGUUAGCCUCUACUAG